CGCAGCCGUGCGAGUGACACGCGUAUAACCUAGCACGAGCUUAUCAAGACAAUCUAAUCAUGUCGAAGUGUGACCAAUGUAAUAAAACGUUUUCUAAAUCGAUGCCCGGAUGUGAAUGUGCCCGAUGUGAAAAAAUGGUACACCUAAAUACCAGAUGCAGCGGUCUUACGAACAAACAGAUAACUGCAUUAAAGGCGGCCCCAAGCCUAGACUGGACUUGUAUGGAAUGCCAGCAGGAAUCCCCGAAGCGAAACUCCUCUUUGUUUCUAACAGAGGAUGCAGAGGAGGAUAUACCUAUGGACACUAAGGGGCUAAUACAUAAAAUCUCCAAGGAGGUGGAAAAAACUAUAAAGAAGGAAAUAAGCGAACUUAACCAAUCUCUGCAAUUUCACAGUACGAAGUUGGAUGAAGUAUUAGGUUGUAUUGAUGCCUUUAAAAAUACCAUAAAAGCUUUAGAAAGAAAAAACACGGAACUAUUACAAAAAAACAACAAUCUCGAAUUGAGGGUAGGCGUAUUGGAGCAGCGUUUCCAUGAGAUGGAACAGAAGAAACUUGCUAAUUCUAUAGAAAUAGCAAACGUCCCCCCUGCGAGCGAAGAGAAUGUGAUAAAAUUAGUUGAAAAUGUAGCAUUAAAACUUAAACAGCCCUUCGACGGUAUCCGUAACUCAAUGCGAUACCAAGGUAAAUACGACCAACCCGGCAUUAUACGAGUUAAACUUACUGAUAAAGCGACCCAAGAAAAGUGGAUUAAAGCUGCAAAAACCAUUAAAACUAUGGUGGCCGAUGUUUGCCCCUAUGAACCCAACAAUAACAAAAUAGUAUUCAUCAGGGAAGCAAUGACUAAAUCCAACAAAAGCAUUUUAUGGGAAGCCAAGCAGGAAUUAAAGAACAAACAAAACUAUAAAUACGUUUGGUUUAAAAACGGUAUGGUUCGUGCAAGAAAGGAUGAUAACACGAAAAUAGAAAACUUAAGAUCUAUAUUGGAUAUACAAGCGUUAAAAAAAAAGACAGAAUGUCAAUUAACUGCCCAAAUUAAAUUGCAUAUAAAUUAUUAUUAUUAAUAUGGAUAGUUUAACUAGUGAUAUUUGUGAAUUAGAAGACUGUAUAAACAUAAAUGAUUUCGUGAGUAAAAUACCCAGCAAACAUUUAAAUCUGUUGUGUGUACACAUAAAUAUAAGGUCAAUCAUAAAAUAUUUUGCUAGCCUCGAGCAAUGUAUAUAUGCGGCUAACACUAUUGACGUUAUUGUUGUUACAGAGGUUAACAU